AUGGAGCAAGCAGCGUCACAAGCCACAGCCCAACUGCAACAAAAGCAGCGAACAUUUAUCCACAGAACACAGCAGGUGGUAACCUACUUUCAGGAGAGGGCCCAGAAGCUGGGCGAGGUCAUUCGCGUCUACGUAAACCGAUAUCCACCACUUGCUGCUUUUAUCUUUACCCUUCUUGCCUUUUCGGCACUUCCGAUCUCCAUAUUCGUUCUGUUUGCUGCAGUGACCGUCGCAGCAACGCUUUCCGUGGCACUUGUUGGCUUUGCAAUUGUCGAAGGUGCCAUGUUGUUUACAGGUGCCGGAGUUCUGCUCGUCAUCUUGGGCGGCGUUACACUGAUAACCGGGGUUGUCUUCAGCUGGCUCUUCGGAAUAUACCUCUCGUACCGCGGUAUUACCAUGCUGUAUUGCAACCUUUCUGGCGGUGCCUGGUCGCUCACAGAGUCAGUAAGGGGGCUGGCAGAGAAAGGAAAGCAAGCGGCCUCCAGCGCUGCACAAUCGACGGGCACACAGCCCCGUAUUUUGACAUAUUUAUCAAUGGAAAUGGCGCGACAAGCUUUGUCCAGGCGAGCUUGGCUUUUCACACAUGCGAUGGACGUUGAGAAAACACAAGCUUUUCCCGAAAAACCAUUUGGACAGUUUUCUAGGUUAAAACAAUAUUCCUACUUUGAUAAGAAGCAAUGGCUUUUCAAGCUUGACUCGCUUGCCCUCCAACAGUUGGUGGCCGAGGCGGAGCUGCGGAGUAUCGCCCACAGAUAUCAUGACGAGAUCCUUCCCGCAGUCGAUGUGCCCCUCCCCUAUGCUGUGCUCUAA